CACCAUCAGACAAGGCAAUGCACAAAGCCACAAACAUAUAUAUAAGGAAACUCAAUUCCUUUCCUUUUCACGCACAAGCAUCUGAUCUUUCUUUCUUUCUUGUUUUUUUUUUUUUCUUCUUCUUCUUGCUGCAGCAACAACACGCACACCAUGCCUUCUAAUUCUUCUCAUCACCAAUUUCUUCUUCAUUUUUCCUUGUUGCAACAAACGACCCACGCACAAUAGUCAUUCAUCACCAUGCCAAUUUUCUCAUCACCCUUCAAGCACCAAACCCGCGAGCACAAAGGGAGAGAGGGAGAAGAAGUUUUUUCGCCGUUUCUUGCCCGAUUGCUGCACAGUUCGUUGCUAAUUGAAGACCUCGAGGUUAGUUUGAGGAACUUUGUGGAUUCGAAGAAGAAGUUUGUGAAGGAAGAGUGGAGGAACAAGCUGGAAAACCUACAGAUGUCGAUGGCCGAGUGGUUCGAGAUGGUCGUCCCUUCGGGGGGGACCAGGUUUGAGUUGUUAGAUACGGACACCCCGUGGUCUUGGGUGGUCGACCCCGCCGGUCACCGAGCCAUCUACACGGGGCGAAUAAUGGAGGACCACGUCGACCGAAUGGGGAACCUGACGCAAGGAGUCUUGAGACGCCACACGGUUAGCUUCAACCUACCACCGAGCGUGCACUGUGGCCCUGGAGUUGUGGUACCACCACCAUCACCUGAGGACGAGGAGGACCCUUCGGAGGAGUUGCCUGUAGGAGGGGCUUCAUCGCAGUCUAGCUCACCCACCGUCGCGGCUGCUGCUGUUUUGGGAUCGGGUACAGUACCCGUAGGACCCGCUGUGAGGACCGACGCAGUCAUUGACCUGAUCGUCUUGGAUUCAGAUUCAGACGACGAUCAUGGUGAUGCGUAGCCGGGAGUGGUGUGUAGUACUCCUCUGGUCGGGAUUAGGGUAGGUCCCCGACCUUUAGCUUUUUGUGUGGUUCUCUUUACGGGAGUCACAGGGAGUUGGUCGGAUUAGGAGGUCUUCGGGCUGUUUUGAGCUGACUUACUUUCUUUUUGGAGGACUGUAUUCAGAAUACUGACCUUAUAUUUUGUGUUGUACAUAUUUGCCGACAGGCAUUACUUUCCCGUCACUAGAGGUUACUCGUGACGUGGCAUGCUGUUUUACUGUGGGGAUUGUAUAUAUAUUUGUAUAUUAGUCUCGUUCAUCUUUCGU